UCGGAGGAAGGAUUUCUGAGAAAUCGGGUUAUUUUGUCCACGAAAAAAAGUGUGACUUGACUUUCCACGGCUUGAUAGCGAUACUCCUGCUGGCAUCGCGUAACGUUUCCACAGGCAGAUUCGUGCAGACAUGGCUCCUAAUGGCUUUAUGACGGCUGGCGUUAAAGUUUUGGCGAAGGCCUUCAGCGUCUUCUGCCCAAACACUCUCGCAAGAUCCACCAGUGUACUACCUGCGCCCUACCUUGUUACAUGGAUGAAUUUUACAUCUCAAGUAGCCACUCCUCCAAAGAGACCCAUGAAUGCAUACUUGAGGUAUCUCAAGCAACAAAGGCCAGUAUUCAAUAAACAACAACCUGAUCUCAAACAUAAGGAUGUCCUAAAGAAGGUUGCUGAAGAGUGGAAAAUAAUGACCACAGAACAAAAAAAGCCAUUUGAAGACGUGAGUCAGCGUGAAUGGGAGCAGUUUAAAGUAGAUUUUCAGCAGUAUCGGGCCCGUCUCACCCCAGCCCAGUCUGAAGAACUGGCUCUGAUGAGGAAACAAAGGCUAGCCAAGAAGAAGGCUAUCAUUAAAAAAAGGGAGUUAAACAUGUUUGGGAAGCCCAAACGUGCACGCUCUGCGUUCAACAUCUUCAUGUCAGAGCAGUUUGAGGAGGCCAAAGGAGUCACUGCUGGGGCAAAGUUGAAGUCAGUGGUGGAGGGCUGGAAUAAUCUGUUCGGUCAGCAGAAACAGGUGUACAAGCAGCUGGCGGAGGACGAUAAAAUUCGUUAUAAGAACGAGAUGCAGUCUUGGGAGGUGCAAAUGAGAGAAAUCGGACGAGAAGACCUCAUCCAGGAGAAAAGCCAGAAUGCCCCGAGAGCGAAGGCAGCAAAGGGGGCUAAGUCUGAAGUUCAGGGUGUGAAGAAGAAGACUGCGUCAGGGAAGUCAAAAACAGCAGGGGGGAAAAAGCCUGGCUCGUCAAAAACUGUCCGGAAAACAGACUAGAUAAAACGUGCCUGUCUACUGAACUGAGAGCGGCUUCAGUGUCCAUGACAACUUGACACCGAGAAGUGUCAGACCCUAACACUUCUUUCUGCUCUUUUUUUUGUUGUUGUGUUGUUUUAGGUUUUCCCAGUUGUCAGGAAUGCUUGAUUGGUUUCAACAGGACGAAGCUUUUGUGAACAUUCAGAUGGAAAUCUGUUCAGAAUUUGAAUGACUUCAAGACAUGGUGAUGAAUGUUUUCCCUUCAGUGAUUCACAAACGACAAUCAAUUAGUCGAAUCCACUAAGGAUGCAAAGUACAAGUGACAACCAAUGCCUGUCUUUUGUAAAAAAAAACCCCAAAACAACAACAACAAAAAACACACAUCUGUAUUGUCCAGUAUGUACCACCCGAAGAAAUUAACCUUUUGAAAUUCAGAAACACAAAUUCCAGGGCAGGGUGACCGGAUGAGGCCUCAAAAAACAUGCACAGGUUGUGCUCGACAAAUUUCCAUCUGUAAUGUUCCCAAAAGUUUCACUGACCUGAAUGUAACCACAGGGUACUUAAACGGAUGUUAAGAGUUUCCGUCCCGAAAGCAAAAAAAAAAAAACGGUUCCACUUUUUCGUGUUUUGUGACAAAGCCCUGAUUAAAGAAAUUUCGGAUUGCUGUGGUUUUCACCGGCUAACGCUGCACCUCCAUUGUCUUGUUUGUUUUCGCUGUUUCUGUGAAACUAUUUUCAUGCCAGACGGUCUUGAAAAUAGAAACUUGAAACUUCUGAGACAACAGGCAACAGUGUUGUCCAAAUAUGAACUGACCAAAUUUUUUUUCCCCAGUGCAUCUAAAGUUAUGAGUCCAUUUGCAAUUUAGAGCCACAUGGAAGCAGUAAUUCUUUAUUCCAACCAAAAACAAAACAAGAGGUUAUUUCUCACUUUUGCUGGUUAAUGGUCAAAUCAGGUGUAGCAGUUGGUUGGAAUGAAAACCUGCGUGCACAUGGCCUUCGAUGGCACUGGGUUGGAGACAUCAUCUGUGUAUAACACAUGUCCAUCGCUGUAUUGUUUGACGUAGCAACCUCAAACGGCGACAUAUUUGUCAUUCAUCACGGCCCCAAGCAUGGGCUGAGUGAACUGCAGUACUUCUUGACUGACAGUUUUUCAAUGGAGGAGCCACAGCAUGACGGAUUUCCUCAAUCAGGCUUUGGGGCACAAGACAUUUUCUCCUCUGUGGCUUCAACACAGCCCUUGUGUUGCGUUGGUUAGAGCGUUAAGUGGUGUUUUUCUGCCACAUCGAUGUAACAGAGGAUGAUGUAAAAACCUUGUUCCUUCAAAUUGUCGUUUGUUGUAGCCCGGCAACAUUAGUUGUAGUUCACGUUUUAGUUCAUGUUGUAGUUCAUGUUUGGUUUUACUGUUCUUUUCAGAAUAAACAUGCCUUUUUUCUACAAAACUACAUCAUCCAUCCAUCCAUUAUCCAAACCGCUUAUCCUGCUCUCAGGGUCGCGGGA